AUGCAAACAUUCUAUUGUUCUUUUAGCAUUACUAUUAAUGAAGAGGGUGGAUGUUUCCGUGUCCCCGUGGCAAGUGCUUUCCUCCUAUUUCCCCCAAAAGCUGUUGAGAAGGAAGUAAAUCUAACGUGUAGUCGAGUGAAGCACAAAGAAUGUGAAGUAAAGCCAAGAGACGGGGAGUUAUUCGUUAGCCGGAUUCUUUGUAUUGAACCAGAAGGUGUGACGUUUAAGAAACCUGUGACAGUUCUUUUAUCCCACUCAGUCUACGAGGACCAGGUUUUUGAAGAUUUUUAUGAGUUGAUCGUUGAACAUUUAAGCCAGAACAGAUGGCAAGAUUUAAAGACGGAACGAAUAAGCUCUGUUGAAGGUAUACGGAUUAAUUAUAAAUUCAUACUAUAUACAUACUAUUUAUACACGAGUAGCAGUGCGUCUCGGGAUCUUAUGCCUGAAAAAAGACGUACUAUAUACACGAGUAUUUUAAAUGGCUUAAAAAGCGACCCAUCGUAUGAGUUCAUUGGCGAAGUAAUUAUCUGAAUUACUCUGCGUAUGAACGAGAUUUUUUCGCAUUCGGAAAGAUCAUGCUUUUAGCUGUUGAGUGAUAUCUUCUUCAUGCCAAAUGGAUAAAAAAUGAGCAAAUACGAAUCCGAUCAAAAAUGUUAGUCAGAAUCGCAUAUUUUUACCAUUGAGAGUUGGGUCGAAAACCAUUGAAAAUGAACCCCCUUUGGUACUUAAGUUGAUGAAUUCACUUCAAUAAACGACGCACAUAUUCAUAAUUAUUAUUAAGAAGGAAUAAAUCUUAGCUAUAAGCUACGACACGUUCGUGAUUAAUUGCUUUUUCUUUUGUUAUGCAUUGUUUUAAUUAUAGGCACAGAGGUGAAAAUAUGCGAUUUUGACUAACAUUUGUGAUCGGCCUCGUACAUGCUUAUUUUUUCUCCACUUGGCAUGAAAAGCAUGUCAUUCAAUAGCUAAAAGCCUGAUCUUUCCGAAUAUGAAAUCCAAUUGUUCAUACGCCGAGUGAUUCACGUAUAAUAGCGCGCUGAAGUUCGAUUAUCUUUUUUUUAUACACCCUGUAUAAAACCAUGCACCGGUAAAUGAUUUCCUUUAUCUUUUUCUCAUGAAUUAUUAAAUAUUUUGACAGUAUAAUAUAUUAUACCCGAGAAGGAGUUUUUUUUGUUCUUGUUUAUGGAAGUAUCUAAAGAAACUCCAGAAUAUUAAUUGACUUAAUUUAUGAAUGUUUAUUAAACCGUGGUAUCAUGCAAAUCGAUAUACAGCAUUGAUUUUCUUUGUGUUCUGCUCAUAAAUUAUUAUUCGUUUAACACAUCUGAAUAAAUAUUUCGCACGAAAACUGUUAUAGUGAGAUUGAAUGACUGUGCAUAAUGAAAGAUGAAUUAAUGCAGUGUUUUUUUCCGAGUCUAUCCAAUAUUGUCAUACACUCAAGUGACUCAACCGAACCAGCAUUUUGAUUGGCUAUAGUAUUUUUUUUUAUCUUGUUUCGUCGUCUUAUAAUUAUCAAAACUUCGCUUGUAUUUUCCUUAAUAUUAUGACCAGUAAAAUUCUAUAAAAUUUCCUUAAUUGAGCAGGGCUUGUUUUUGUUAGUAACUUUUUACCUGUAUAUAGGUCUUUAAGGAUUACAAAGAUAUAGGUUCUCUGAAUUUUUGCCUUAUUUGGUAUUUGGGAAUUUGAACAGCAUCGUCGAAAGGAAUUCACACGUUUGGUCAAGGGAUAUUUUCCGUAGGAAAGUUUUUGCAUUUCUGAAUGCCUAAGACUGCAUUUCCUGCGUUUUGGAAAAGUAUUUUUGCAUAUAUUAUAAAUAACAGCUUAAUUGACUUAAUAUUAUUUUAAUAUUUUCAAAAAUUAGAUAAGACUUAAAAUUUGAUUUCCUUAAAACAUCCUUAAAGAGGUUCAAACGUCCUCAGUUUAUGGGAAUUUCCUAAAAAGUGAGAACGCUGAUUAUGGCUGUUUUUCGGCGUGUUUUAAAAUAUUUUCAAAGCUCACGAGCUGUGUGUAUUCUUAAAAACAUUUCCACUGGUUACUUUGCAACGAGUAAACAAAAAUUCCACAUGCGAAAGUUGAAAGAAAUUACUAAAACGCUCGUGCAUGCAUGGUUUUAAAUUUUAUUUAAAUCUUUCAAAUUGUGCUUUUCAAAGAGUGUAAAAACAAUUAGACAACUCGGCCUUAUUAUGUAAUUCUUAAACAGUCCUCUAGUAUAGGCAACCCUAUAUAGAAAAAGUUAUCCUUUGUUUUAGAUGUACCAAAGGAAAUACUUAAUCCAGAGAUCCUAGGUGACUACUUGCCAAUUGCUAAAACGACCAUACAUGAGACUUGUACCUUAGUUGCUGCAACACGAGUCGGGUACGAUCAGAUUUUGAUACCAACAGACAGUAGUUACAUCUUUUCCAAGCAGUGUGGAGAAAAUGCAGAACUUAACAUCACAUUUCCAGCUGGUGUCACGGAGGAGAUACUAAGUUUAAAAGUUCAGGUAAUGUAUACUUUGUAUUCUUCGAAGUAUGCUUUGUAGUCUUACGAACUUGUGAAGAAAACAUUCCUAUUCGUCCGAGUGGGACAGUCGCAUAAAAUAGCUUUAAUCGUUGUCCACUAACCUGCGACCAAGCGUUCUUUGGGGAAAAUGAACGCCUGAUAUACAAAUAUCGCUCAAUUAAGAGGCUUAUACCACCCAAAAUGCGCCGAAAGUAAAAGUAAUCGCGUACAUUUCGUGGGGAAUAGCCAUGGCAAUUCGAAAUUCUUCCAACAACCUGUUUAAGAAAUAUUUUGGGGUUUUUUGUUCCAAAUUCUUGUAACAAUUUACUGCAAGUCAUAUUAAAACUUCUGUUCCAGUUGUUUCCUGCUGAUGCUGCUUUAAAAAAAGAAGUGUAUUUGGAUAAAAAUCUUGUCUGCGCGCCUGUGAUCAAAGUUUCUGGUCAGACGACUCCAUUCCUCAAAGCAGUUGAUGUCGAACUCACAUACUCUAACAAUGAUGUUGCCAAUAUCGAAGAAGGAUUUUUACCAGUUGGAAAGAGUAUUAAAUUUUCAACUGAGUAUGGACUUUUGUUGCGUAGCCAAAAGGAGACCGAGUCAAGAUCCAAAUGCCAAACUUUGAAUGAAAGUAACGAUGUGUAUAUUGAACGGCUAAGAAAGGAUCAGUUGAAGUUCUCGUUUUCACUGAAACAUUUUUGCAAGUAAUUACUAAUACACCUUUUCGACAAUUUUGUCAGAAAUCCUUCCUUGGCCUGGGAGCUUCGUUCUCGUGAGUUGUGACCAAAGUUCGUCUUGAUUCGUAAGCACGAGGGUCGCAGGCCAAAGACGUAUUGGUGGCGUAAUUAUCAUAAAUAUGGGCUUAUACGUAAUUAUCAUAAAUAUGGGCUUAAAAGACCUGAUUGAUCACAAUCGACUUCUGGAAAAUUGGUAAAUUGUGAAAUGGGAGGGGAGCAACUUAAAAGGGAACAGUGUGUUUAAUCGCUUUAUUCCCUACUAGCAAGAGAGCGUAAUCAAAGAUUUGGUGGAUGUAGCAUGAUAUUUUUCAUAUUUGCAUGGCUACUAUAUGUCACUCAUAUUAAAAGAUAAAUGAGUUGAAUUUAUUGUCUUUGAUUUUCUUAUUGUGUGUAACAUAGGGUAAUGAAAAAGUAUUAUAUGUUGCCAAUUUUAAUUUCGUGCCUUUUUAUCGACUUUUAGAAUUUGUUCGAUAGCGAAGAAAACUGACAGUGCACAACUGCCACACGUUGAAGAGAACAGUCUUUUCAACCAAUGUAUGUCUCAGAAUGACGGAUUUGUAGCAAUUAUAUUGGCUGUGCAUCAAAAGAAGACUCUCUAUGCUGUCUUGGCGCCUAAAACAGCCCAAGAUGAACUAAAAAAAAAAUGGAAAGUUGCUGGUAGACGUCUUGGUGUUCGGCUCAGGAAGAAGCAAGAGAUAUACAUUUGUGUUCCACUGGAUAAAGACACUACCCAUCUUCCUCUGGAUGACGAGUUAUUAUGGUAAAAAUUCUACAAUGUAAACUAACCAUUGAUUUUAAAGAUUCAACCCAUCAUUAAGCCACAAUGCACCCUAAUGCGAUAUACUCUUACGUUGUUCUUAGGCUAACCAAACUAUUAUUGACUUAUAUAGUUCAGUAAUUUCCGAUUUUUGUUUAUUUGUGUAGCCAGUAGUUGCUGGCCUUAGGUUUCGGUAUGAAUUUGAUAUACAUCGAUGUAACAAUACGACUGGAAAAUCUCUAUAUUUAAUAAGAUACACAAUUAAAUUGCUGGAUUGCGAAGUCAGAAGCAUUUAAGUACUAUUUAAAACACGCGUAGGAGUGUUUUAUAUUUAAAAUGGGAGUGCGCAGCUAGACUUGGAUCAAGUCCGUCCCUCUAGAGUCCGAGACGCGAAGCGACGAGAUCGAACGCGGCGCGCGAGGUAGUGCGCAGCACGAGCAUUUUAGAUAUGAUAAAACACGACUACAAGUGUUUUGAAUAUAGCUUCAAACACGACCACAUUAGAUGCCAUCUCAUUAGUAUUCUUUAUAUAAAGAAUACUAAUUUCAUGGAUGGACUUUUAUUUGAAGAAUACCAAUGAACAUGAGUUUUAUCAGGUUAUGAUGUCUCUUUACGUGACAUAUUAUGAUUUGCCAAUAAGCUUAUGAAUUAUUUAUUAAUGAGCGUUUGAAACGUUUGAAACAGUUUUAAAAAAUAUAUGUUAAAGAUAUUUCUCACAACUUUUUAUUGUGAAGAUAAAUAUAUAUUUGCUGGAAUGGAUGUGAUGUCGCAUUAAUUUCUUAAUUUAUUUGUCCUUAUAUACUCGCCCUGGCAACUUUACCUGCAGUUGGUAGAGACAGGAGUACUCCGAAAAACCCUUGCAUUACAUGCAGUCACAUUUCUGUUUGUUAUUUUAUGCAUAUAUAGGUUCGAUCUUGACAUGGAAUUUGAGUUGCCCAACGGAACGAGCGAAGAUGUUGACCUAGAAGAGGAAUACAUGUACUUCCUGUUGACAAAAUGUACUGGUAAAAAUCAUAAUAUUGGGAAAGAUGGCUGUGGAAAAGUAGGAAUUCAUAUUGAAAAAAAAGCAAAGGUUUGUUCGUAACUCUCAACGACAAAAUAACAUAAUCCAUUUCUCAACGUAGUUCUCCUAAAAUAUAGCCCUUUGAAUUCUAAAGUUUCUGAAACGUUCUCUGAUCGUAAAUAUUUAUUUAAAACACGAGCUUUCGACUGCCAGUCUGCAGUUUUCGACAGGUAAAGUGUAGAACACUACCUCUUUUUGAUCAUUUUGCUUUUCACUUUUUUUGUAGGGGAACAUUAAAUCUGUUAAUGAACCAUGUAUUGCACGAAGGCAAGGUGUGUAAAAGCACUGUUCAGAAAUGCAACACUUUUUAGAAUUUGUUGUCCUUGAACGUUUCUGGAUAUUUUUUCAGAUCUUCUUUAGGCUACAAAACUAACAAUUGUUAGUUACUGUCAUUAUGUUUUCAUGGAAAUAAUAGAAUGAUAUAUUUAAAGAACAAAUGUUAUAUUUUGACAUAUAGGAAAUGGUGUUUUAUCUACCCAAGGAGUCGCUCUCAACGGUCUUGUAACUUCACAAAACGAGGUGAACAGAUUAGAUUUGUAAUCUAUAGUACCUUGCAUGUGUUGUAGCUGCAUGGUCUCUCAUGCUAGUCGAGUUUUUGUACUAUUUAUACAGUGGAACCCCGCCUUACGGCCACCCCGUUAAUACGGUCACCUCGAUAAUACGGUCACUUUUUUUUUUGUCCCGGCGAAAUACUAAUACAUUUUAUAAUAAAGUUACCCGGUUAAUACGGCCACCCCGUUAAUACGGCCAACGGCCAUAUUGUAGAGUCCCGAACUAAAGAAAUCACCCCGUUAAUACGGUCACUCAAAAAAAUAAAUGUGUUUACGGACGGAAAUGCAGUAUAAUUUAAGACACCUUGUGCAGUGAAACACAAAAUUCAAGUUGCAUCAUAUUACUAAUUUUGUUAUUUUUAUUAUCAGUCGCGUAAAGGAAAAGAAAGAAUACAACGUUCUUUAGCGACGUUGUAUUCCCUAACAUUGUUUCCUUAAAACUGGUGAAAACUUUAUCUGAACUUUAUAACGUUUAGUUAUUAAUUGGUAUUAUGGUGGGGUAUGGUGUUAUUGUGAUUUUCGAAUACACAUAGCUUUAAUGACGUCACAAUUGAAAUUUGAUCUCACCCCGUUAAUACGGCCACCCCGUUAAUACGGCCAUAUUAUUUCGGCCCGUUGGUGACCGUAUCAACGGGGUUCCACUGUAUAUUCAAGUGUUAAAACGCUUAUUGAAACACUCUGUUAGUAUUUCCGUGUUAAACUUAUUAGUGCAUUUUGGUUACCUGGUAAGCUGCACAGGGGACAGUCUUGCCCUUUAAUGGGUUACCCAAACAGUUCCAAUUUCCCUAUCUGCGGAUAUACAACCAAUGCCCAGUUAGAAUUUAAACCCUAUUCUGUGGUUAAAAUUAACCAAAGUGUUUUUUAGAAUGGAAUGUAAAAUUUGAGGGGUCCAACCUUGGUGGCGGCGUAGAGUACAAAGCUUUGUCGAAUUUCAUGGAAGCUUGUAUUUUUUUUUUAUUUUCAGGUUAUGGAAACAAAUCUAAGUCGCUGUGAAUAUUUUGAAGAGGCUAUUGAAAAUAUAUUCCUAAAAAAAUUGGGGAUUAACAAAGAUGAGAUGCAAAAUCCUCACAUCGGGUCAAUGGCAAAGGCAGUAAACGAUCUAGGGACACUGACCUCUAUUGUCCUUGGGCUUGGUGUUGGGGCAACAAUCGCAUUAAGUAUUGCAAAUUUCGGGAUUGGUGCCAUUGUUGGAGCGACAGUUGCUGGUGUAACCUUCACUGUCACGAAAGUUGAUAGAAAAUUGAAAAAAUCAACUGCCAAAAAGCUGGAUAAAAAAGUGGAGAUCUACUUUCAUUCUCAUUUAAAGUGCAUUAUCAUGGAUGUCGCCAAGGAAUUAUCUCGUAUGUUUGAGUACCAAGUACUUACAUUAGAAGAUGGGAAGCAAAUUGAUAUUUUAGCAGAGUGUGCGGUCGAUUUGAUGUCAAAUCUGAAGAAAGACGAUAAAUUCGACAGAAACACUUUAAUCAAGAAGGUACUUAAAGAUGGCAAAGUAGAGAAGAGAGAUUUACUUACUAGGAUUGGUGACAAGUGGUCUGCUCCGGAUGUGUUUCGAAAGCCUGGUUUGCAACGAGCGAUUGUCGAAACGGAUCGCGCGAAAUUUAUUUACCAGGUUAAACCAAAUAAUGCCUGUAACACAACGAGGUAUGGCUAUCGCGGCCAGUUCCUUGAAACGAAGAAAUAUCAUGGUCAGAACGAAGUAAAUGAAAAGGUAUCAGAGAUGAGAUACCGUAGAGAACCUCCCAAGGAUGAAACCCACACGCGCGAAAAUUCUCACGAAGACUUGUGCAAAGAAUGCUUUUCUAACUUUGAAAAUGGCUGUAGUGGUCAAUACUUUGGUGAAUCGGAUAUUGACUCUCGAUACACUGAGUAUCGAGAUGAACUUUCAACUUACCAUCCAAUACACAUCUUAAUACAAUGUCCAAAGGUUUUGGAGUCUUUCAUUGGUAGCCAGCUUCAAGGAGACAAGCCUUCGUUAGCUAUUUUUUUGAAGAAGAAAUUAGAACUUCCUGAACAUCAUCUUGUGCACCCCGUCUAUCGACAACAUUCGCCAGGGAAAGUUCCUGAUCUCCAAAAGUCAGAUCUUACUGGAUCAGAUUUCAGCCAUUCCAAUUUCACUAAUUCAUCUCUCACGGAAUGCUAUUUUGUCAAGUGCGUGAUGUUGUUUGUAAGACUAGCUGGGGCAAAGAUGUCUGGUUCCAAAUUUUGUGACACAUUGAUCAGUCACAGUAAUUUGGUGAAAGCCGAAGCUGAUCAGUGCGAGUGGAUAAAGACAGCGAUCCUGUAUUCAAAUGUGGCUGGCGCAUACCUGAACUUUGUAGAACCUAGCAUAUGUGGGAAUUAUUUAGAUGGGACCAAUAUUUGCGACGCCAUCACUGGAAAGAUGAGGAAAGAUGAAGGAAUCACUGGAAAGAUGAGGGAAUUGAACUGCAACGAAAGUAAGUAUAAAUAAAAGAAGAUUUUAAACAUUGUCGUGAUAUUUUAAAUCCAAAAAUGAGGACCGCGGAUUUCUAGUCUCAUGAAACAGUUUGUUUCAACAAAGUACGAGGUUAGCGGCAAGCUGUGUAGCCACGCAGAGUAGCAUUAUCUUCGAAUCCUUUACCUGAAUCCCAACACCACAAUCAUCGAAAACUGCGAGGAUUUGAAAUCUGACCUAGUCCGAAUUUAAGGUUUUAAUAUGAUAUUUCAUUCUCCGUUAUCAUUACCAAAUGUGUUGUGAAUUAAAUUUCAUCAGGUUCAAAGACUGAAUUGAUUUAAUCCAGUCCUGAGAAUGAAUUAAUUUAGUUCUAGGACCUAAUCAAAAACUCAUUCACUAGAUGUCAUUUGACCACAACAAAGUAAUAUGGUUGGUAUGAAAUAGUAUAGAAACACUGUUAUCAAACAUCUAAAUUUCUUUAGGGACAGACCAUUGGAAAAGUGAUGGUGUGGGGGGGGGGGGCAUUUCCAACCUGUACGAUUAUUUUUUCAAAAAUUUCUGCUUGUGUCGAUAAUUUUUUUUAAACCAUCCCUUGCUCGUAUUUUUUUUUCAAAAAGUGUUGGCGAGCGGGGGAGGGGUUAACAUUUUUUCAGGACACUAUAAAAAAGGGUCAAAAAAAAUUUUCCGGACUAACAUCAGUUAAUUUAAGGUACAAAAAAAUUUUCCCUCACAAAUUCUUGUUAAAACAUGCUUAAAACCUUUUUUUGCACCAAUAUCUUCAAUAUUUAGGUUUAGAAAUUUUUUUCUCACACCGGAUUACUUACAUCAAAAAACCUUUUAUUUUCCAAAUUUGGGGGCCACCCUUACACAACUUAUAAUUUUCCCUAUUGAAAAGUCUCUGCACGAUUUUUUUAAAACUUUUUUCGUGCUCGAAUUUUUUUCUUUCUGUUUCCCCUACUCGAUUUUUAUUUUUGCUUUUGCCCCCCUCCCCAAUCACUUUUCUAAUGGUCCGCACCUUAAAAUACACCGUUUAAAGUACGCGAGCGUUGAUUGAUUGAGAAGAUUUUUCUAUAUAAUGUAGCUAUAUAUAGAAUCUCGAAAAAUUUCCCGCCUCGCGCCUUUAAAUUUAAAAACGUAAAAAAAUUUUCGGACGCGCAAAAAUCGAGAGCAUGCAUGCUUAAUAAUACUAUAGUCUCAACAACGGAAUUGAGGAAACAGGAACAAAAUACGAUUUCUCAGUUUAAAUAUCAGUGAGAAUUUGUAAAUUAGCCGAUUUUAAAAAAAUGUAUAUAUAAAAUCUUUCUUGAGUAAUGACAUUUUGAUUUUUGAAGUUUCUGCUAAAACGCGUAGGGAAUUGUCUACCGGUGUUGAGAAAUUCCAUCACUUGCUAGAAAUAGUAGCUAUAUAUAAUAAUCUUGACUUAAGACAAAAUUAUGUGGAAGAAAAUAGCCUUUUAAUGUUUUGGUGAACAAUACAGUCAUAAGUUCUCUGAAUGUUUGCAUGGCGAUAAAAUAUAAUUGUUUUUGUUUGUGGAAACACCACGUAAAUUUAUUACUGCAAAGCUUUCGAUCCGUAAGCCCGGAUCUUCAUCAGUGCUAAUAACCUAAUAUAUAUAUACAUAUUAUUAGCACUGAUGAAGAUCCGGGCUUACGGAUCGAAAGCUUUGCAGUAAUAAAUUUACGUGGUGUUUCCACAAACAAAAACAAUUAAUAUAGUCAUAUAUAUAACAUAGAGUUUUAAUGUUUUAAUAAUUAAUGUUAUCACUUGCAAGACAUUUACUUUCUGUCUUUUCCAGCGCCAGUUUAGAAGAACAAUUAUAUAGAGGAAUUGGCAAAGAAGUAUCACACGAAAUUGAUUAAUAAUGAUUGCAAGGUCAUGUUCUCGUGUUUUGGUUUGUAUGUAAUCACUUGACUUGCAAUAUGAUGUAUAUAUUAUACAAUUUAGUUUUAGUUUUUAGUUUUAAUCAAGCCUAAUUCGUAUACAUUUAUACGAGGAGUUAAGCAACAGAGCAAGCUCCAAUCAAGGGUUAACUCCGAAAUAUAUAUAUAUAUAUAUAUAUAUAUAUAUAUAUAUAUAUAUAUGUAUAUGUAUGUAUAUAUAUAUGUAUGUAUAUAUAUAUGUGAGUGGUUCAAGUAAAAACGAAACGGUAUGUAUACAGUAUACGGAACAUGACUUUUUUACUAUUUCAUAACCAACAUAAUGCCAUCUAAUAUAUAUGUUUAAAAAAUCAUUCUCUGUAAUGCGGAGAAUGACUUUUUUAACAUAUGUAUAUUAAUUGACAUUAUAUGUUGGUUAUGAAAUAGUAAAAAAGUCAUGUUCCGUAUACUGCAUGUACAUAACGUUUUUACUUGAACCACUCACAUAUAUUAUAUACAUCUAUAGACCUUAAGAUUAACCUAAGACGGUCGGCUAACGGCAAGCUUCGAAUCGCAUUUGAAAGUAACUAUGGUUGUUUACCAUUUACAUGGAAAUUGCGGUGAUUCCAUACGGAAAGUAAAUGGAACAAGCAUAUUUCGACAGCCCAACCAGAACUUUUCUGGAAUAAACGGUGUGUUUGAAAAGGUUGUCCUCUCUUACCGAUUGGAAUGUUUCAGCCGGUGAAUUUUGUUCCAUUUACAUCUUUUUUAUCUUUUCACCAGUUCCAGGCUCUUCGCGAUUUAAUUCAAACCGAAUGGGUUUUCCAUGUAAAUGGUAAACGACCUAUAGGUAAGUUCUACAAGUUUUCGACAGGGUACAAAUUGUCCUAAUAUCAAGAUUUUGUUGGCGUCUCACUCGAUUGAAUUAUUAGUUGAAGGGUAUUGUAGAUCAAUUGAACAUUAUCGAGUGGAAAUUUAUGUACAUUUAUUACACCAUAGCCUAUCGAAGGGAAGAUGGCUGUGAAACUCAUUAGAAUAACAAUAUAACUCAUUAUCUAUAUGUUAGUCAACGUUUAUUCAUAAAUCUGGUCCUUUCACAGUCAAGUGUGUAUUGUAUUUUUACCAAAUCCACCAAUAGUAAUUUGCAGUUUCCCUAUUGUUCGAGUCACGGAUAGGUGACUUUCCUAAAACAUUGCUAUUGGUUAGUUGGGCAAGAAUACAAUACACACGUGACGGUGAAGGACCAGUUUUAUGAAUAAACGUUGACCAACAUAGAUAAUGAGUUAUAUUGUUAUUCUAAUGAGUUUCAUUCACAGCCAUAUUCCCUUCGAUAGGCUAUGAUUAGACCUAACCAGCAACAGAAGCGAAAAAUGCAACUAUAGCCGUAUAGGUCCCUGGCAGGAAUUGAACCUGUAGUCUAAUCGAUAAUUUCCAUCGAUAAUACAAACUGUCCUAACUUCUUCGAUCACCUAUGACAGUUGACUUUAAUAGAAUACGAUUUGAAGUUUGCCGUUUGCUAUUUAGAUGUCUGCAGGACAAACGUCUGCAAUUUCAGUCAAGGUGUUCAUAUUGUAUUUUUACGAGCCAAAUAUCGGCUACAAGCGCGAAGUAGUAAUGUACAAAGAGCUCCUUCUUUUGGGUAGUUCCUCGGGUAGAGGAGAAGUGAUCACGUGAUCGGCUAGUUGUGUUGUUUGUGGCGUCAGAUAUAACCAAAUCCCUAUCUCUAAGCCUAAUCCUUACCCUAACCCUCACCCUAACCCUCACCCUUACCCUAACCCUUACCCUAACCUCAAAACUAAUCGCUAUAACUAACUGAUGACGUAGUCUGUGAUGCAAAUUCUUCUACCCGAGGAUGUACCCCUUCUUUUUGCUGCCGUUAUAAUUAGCUAUUUCCUCUGAAUGGAAACUUGAAGCUGACGUAACAGUCGGAACUUGGAAAAAACGUUGCGUAAGACUUCUUUUCUGCUACUGCUAUAAUUGCUAUUUCCGUUCCACGAAACUGGCAGAGCACCGGGUGAGCGAUUGGAAUUUUGAAACUACGAUGACUAUAUAUGUGUAGGCGUAUAAUUAUAAGGUUGACCUUAAUUGAAGUAUAUUAUGUAGAGAAUUAAAUUUCGACAUCGUUGUAGCCGUAGGGCAGUGAACACUAUACUCACGUACAGAUAGAUGAAAUGUCGGAGGACUGCUUGAAAGCAGAAUGACUAUACUUUUUUAUUUAAUUCAGCCAUAUAAUACAAUAAUUUACAAUAAUAUUUUUUUAUAUAUAAUUAUGUACUAUUUAACAACAUGAACGGCCGUGGGAUUUUAGCCUUUUAACACAUUUCGUAAUAGAUAUAUGCGUGAAAAAAUACCUCGUAAUUGAAUAUGAAAAUGAAUAAAUAUUCUUCCUAUAUAUCAGUAAGCCUUCUGUAGGUGAUGUGCAACCACUCCUAUGGAUUCAAAGAACAAUGAGAUUUUCGCCAUGUUGGAUAUAACAAACAAGCAAAUUCCUCGGUCAAUGUCUGAUCCAACAUGGCAACUGUGACAUAACUUGCACACCACCAAGUCCCGGAAAUGAGACCACGACCAAUUAAGGGAGGCUUAUUAGGGCCAUUAUACGCAUAUUCGUGAAUGUAUUUUUGCUUAGAGAGAUACAUACACGUGUAUAUGCCGUUACUGUGGUAUUGAAUGACCUUUCAGAGUCUUUUAAGACUUAAAAAAACGCAACAGUCACGCGAGCUUGGUUAGCUGUUCUUAAUGCUUUCCCAACACUAUCAUGCAUUUUAUUGAAGUUAAAACAUAGUUACAACGCUCAUCACACCUUUAUUUUGUUAAUCUGGAGCUUGAAAUGUCCCCUGUAACAAUGCGUGACUAGCUGCCAACUCUUCAACUCUCAUCCUCAAGUUCAAAGAGGACUGCAUGUAUGCACCUUCAAUGAAUCAGCUGCAUGAUCCAAAAUAGAUUUUGCACUUAUAUGGAAAAAAAAUAGCAAAAAAUAGUAUUGAAUGUUUUCGGCAGAGAGUAUACCGGUUUUCUGAGAGUGCUUUUAAAUUAAACAACGACUUUUUAACAAAAACCAUGUUGUCCCGAAAGAAUGAAAGAUUGCAUUUGUGAUAAUUAUACUGUAUUGUGAAAGACAUUAGUGACUUAGUGUGCCGUCUUAAGAUGUUCAGAAAGUCAAAGAUUGAGACUAAUAACUAAAGUUAUAACCUAAUGAAAAAUAAACGAAUUUUAAUCCGUGGAAGUUGCAGGCGCGCUUGCCGCUAGUCGCUACAAAAAGAGUGUAUUAGUCCAUUUCUCUUGUUGUUUUUUCAUUUUAUUUAUGUUUGAUAUUAAAAAGAGUACUGGCAACAUGAAAUAACCAAAAGGUUAAGAAUUGGCAGCUUGACGUUUACGACAGAGCGCAAAAGUCAAAUUUCAAAUCGCAUUUGAAGGUCUACAAGUUUUCGAUAGUUGCGUCUAGCCAAUCUUUGCUUCAAUUUUAACGCUCGAAUUCUCCUAUAAACUAUAAAGUCCUGACUAAUUCUUACAGUUGAACUUAAAAUACGAUUCGAAGUUUGCCGUUUGAUAUUUAGAUGUCUGCCGGAUAAACGUCAAUCUCUUGAAGGUGUGUAUAUUGUAUUUUUACGGGCGAGCCAAAUAUCGGCUACAAGCGCGAGGUAGUAAUGUACAAAGAGCUCCUCCUUUUUGCUAUACUGUUAUAAUUAACUAUUUCCUCUCAAUGGAAACUUACAGGUGACGUAACAGUCGGAACUUGGAAAAAACGUUGCGUGAGAUAAAGCGAGAUAUCCUUUGUGCCACUGCAAAAAUUGUUAUUUCCGUUACACGAAACUGGCGGAGCACCGGGU